GGUGGAUCACGCCCCCUGGGGGGUGUUCUCGUGGAGGAAGCAGCCGGCAGUGGGAAAGCAGGAGCCUGGGGCUUUGAAAAGGACAAGAUGACCAGUCAUUCGGUGACCAUCCCCAUGGUCUGCUUCACUAUCUUCUGGGGACUUGUGGGCUUUGCUCUGCCUUGGUUUGUGCCGAAGGGUCCUAACAGAGGUGUAAUAAUAACCAUGAUCGUCACCACAGCUGUUUGUUGCUACUUGUUCUGGCUCAUUGCCAUCCUAGCUCAGAUGAACCCUCUGUUUGGCCCGCAGCUCAAGAAUGAGACUAUCUGGUAUCUCCGCUACUUCUGGGAAUAAGGGAGAAAUACAACAGAUCAUCCAUGAUGCUGACUGACGACUUCAACAUUUCAGAAUACCCUGUCAUCUCCACAUUCCCUGCAAAAAUCAUACCUAGUGAAACUUUGUACAUUCUCGCUGCCCCCUGACUCCUGCUCUGCAACAGGCAUUUAACUUUUGUUCCUGACCUGACGUCAUUGCAUGAAAGUAAAACGAUGAUUUCUGCCUCACCAAACCCAAGGAGUCCCCAGGCAGCAGCGAAAGGUUUCAUAAAAAUUUGUUUGAGGAUAUUUUAAAUUAACUGUGUGCAAUCCUCAGGAUGCUAAUUUCUGAUCUUCCUUUCUGUUUGUAAUUACAAGGCGUCCCAGGAACCUGCUCCAAUUAAAAAUUAUUUUUCAGUAGGUAAAGAAAACUAGCAGACAUUAAGGAGGGUAGCUAUACUGUGCUUAAAUUACUGUGACAAAUCCAUGUAGCAAUGUUUUGAUCUGUAAGGGAAUAUUUAUUUUGUUUCAGCAAUCUGCCACCAAAUAUGUCUAAAAGUAGGAAUUGAUGUUCAAUGCUGUAAUCUUUAAAAAUGUUGACAGUGCAAUAAAAUCAGAUUGUGUCCCAUC